AUGGUCUUCCAGGGUGAGAGGAGGUUGAACCUGAUCGACAGACUUCGCCCGGAACGGGGCUAUCGCUCGGCUGCAGAGAUAGUCAUUGCGGGUUACGGUUGGGGAGACGACACUGUCGCGCUCGAGGAUGUUCUAGCGCUCGGCAUUGAGUCACUCGGAGAAGGAGAUGGGUCCUGUCCGCUGGAGGUCAGGAAUGGGAAGUACUGGCUCCAGUUCUCCCAUAUUGAGAGUAUCCCUAUCCAGUUCGACAAGCAAGAGCCAAAGUGUGAUCCCUCCUGGGAUAGCAGCAGGAGACCAACAAGUCCGACACCCAACCUCAAGGCCGCCCCAUCGACGGCAAUCGUGAUCAUGCCAUGGCUGUCGUCGGAGCUCGUGCAUCUCCUUAUGUUGACCCUCUCUAAGGCGCUUGCCGUCAACAUCUUCCUUCCGCUCACCACACUCAGUGUCCGUCGGGUCACGUCCCAUCCAUCCACACCCCCUCAACAAUCCCAAUCUCACUACUCCUGGCUCUCCUCACCGAAAGCCAUCCCAUCCAGAUGCCUCCAGUCACUCGCUACCAAGCGGGUGGCGGUGGCGACACCCACGCCCCCCUCAUCUCCGGCGGUCUCGUGUACAGUGUGGUGCCCCUGGCCGGCACCUCUGUUGGCUCAGGCGAUGGGCGCAGCCGUCGUGAUGGACAGAGCCGCUGUGAUGGACAGUCAACAAACACAUUACCCCAGUCCUUUUCCCUCGCUGUCACCACUCAUCGACGCGCUCAACGAGCCAAACACGUCGACGUCCGAAGUCACCCAUGCUGCGUCUCCAACCCUUGCUCCUCGUGCCGCCAAGAUCGUCGCUCGGGAUGCCAUUGCAAAGACGUCCAUGACCAGGAAGGUGAGUACUACCUCUACAUUCAGCGCCUCCGCGGGAAGGCCGGAUCUGCCACCUCUGAGGCCUCGCAUGGCCAGAGUUUGGGGUGUGGCGACAAUGAAGCUGACGUUGCAGAUGAAGUCCCCCCCCCCCCCCCCCCUGCCCGCGUCCGGCCGGCGAUGGGUAGUACCUCCCCCAGCACUUGGUGGUUACUUCGGUUCCGCACGCAGCCGGGCACCCAGGAAACCAACGGGAUACUCCGGUCUCCCUCUCAAAGGUGGCGCCCACCGGCUCGUAGAGCAUGAGAGCCCCGAGUACUGGUCCAAGCACGGCUCCGCCCACUACCUCUACGGGCAGAGUCUGCCUGAGCUCCUCCACCUUCCGCGCUUCUUUCUGCAUGCCAUUGCCAUGACAUAUGAGGAGCUUGACAACGUUACCGAGGGCAUCAGCCAGUCUUCUCUUUUUCAGAUCCAACCGAGGGUGGUCCUGAUAGAGAUGUUUCUGCUCACCCGAAUCGAGUGGCUGUUCGCAACGGCCUUGGGCUUCUACGGAACCCCUUUGAUCUACUCUGAAGUCUCCCGACUUGGACUUGUACUGGCCCCGGAAAACAAGUCGUCGUUCAACAGAGGCUCGCCGAUGGCCCACGCAGGCAACGUGCUUGACUCCGCUACGGCUAAAGUAGUAGGCAGACUCGGAGGACUUGCAACCGCCGCAGCGAAGCGCAAGCAGUGGGCGCUCGACCUUGGGGUGGAUGACCCCAGCUCAGUCACCUGGAAACAGUGGAUGACAUGGGCUAAAAUUCACCAGCCUAAGACAUACGACGAUGAGAUGGCCAAGAUGAUCAAGAUGGGCCGAGUGGGAGGUGCCGCAAAGGAAAGGAUCAAAAGCCAGAAGCGCGCUAUCGACCUUGGCCUGGACGAUGGCCACCUCGUGUCAUGGAAAGAAUGGCUAGAGUGGUCGAAGGUGAACCAGCCUCAGAAGUACAUGGACACCGUUGCCAAGGCGGCCCUCAACUCUUCGCGCACAAAGUGGGCGCGGGACAAGCUCCCGGGAGGGGGAGGACAUGGCCACACUUUAAAGGUCGUCUCCACCAGCACCCAGGACACAGAGGGAAUGCUCGAGGUCAUCAUGUCCCAGUUCAUGUGUCACCAGUUCCUCACCAUGUACAACCGAGUCCUUCCAUUCCGAUUCCGGCUUCGACUGCCUUACGGGACGGCUUCUUCAAUCUGGGCACGACACGGCAUAGACGUCUUGGGCCGAGUGGUCCGAGUCAAAAUUACUCGCGAUCCCUUCACAGGCAGAUUGGAACCGGCGACAAGCUGGAUCGAACUCCAUGACGUCCAGACUGGGAAACAUUUGACCUCCUUCAACUACACCACUGCCCUCGAGGCCCAGGCCAAGCACGAUAACAUUCCCAAGCCACGUACAGGGGAGAUGACUCGAGCAGAGACGGUAUUCAUGGCCAUCCUGGUGUUCCAACACCUCGAGGCGCAUGUCUUGGCAGCACCCCAGACAGUGGAGGAGGUAUAUCAGGACAUCGCGGACGAGGAGGCCGCAGAGGAGGGUUAG